AUGUCCACUGGACUGGAAAUUAUCUCCCUCAUCAACGGCUCCAUCGAGAUCAUCCUCUUGAUCAAGCAGAUUUAUGACACAAUCAAGACAUUCGAUGGACUUCCCAAAGCAUUCGACGAAGUCAACGAACAACUGCCCCUUGUGCAUGACUCACUCACGCGUGCCAAAGGGGGAGUCUCCCAGCUUGAUACCACGGCGAAAACCUCUGUCGAGAAGAUGCUGCAACAAUGCGAGAAGAAGGCUCGGGAACUCCUAACGAUAUUCGAGGCUCUCAAGCAGGCUCAGGGCCACUCGAUCAAGAAUAUAUACACGCGAGUGGUGCUCACAAUCGGCAAACGCGGCCGAGUGGAAGACUUGAUGAAAGACAUCCUGUCGAACAUCCAGAAGCUCUCUCAGAACAAAGUGUUCCAGCUUGCAGAUCAGGUCGAUAAUUUGCAAAGGGCUCUGGACCGGCUGUCUCAGGUAGUUCCGUCCAUUGCAGAUAGCGAGAUGGAAUCGAUGUUCGGAAGCACAGGCCCUCAGCAGAUCGGCGAUAACAACGUUCAGAACUGGGCGGCUGGAGAUGGCGAUGCCUUCCAUGUGACAGGUGGAACUGUCAACAAAGGGGAAACGUUCAGUCAGACCAACCACUACGGCAAGUAA